AUGGAUUACGCACUUACGGCCCUCGACGCAGCAAAAUACAUCCAUGGUCUCAUUGAGAAGCAUUCAAAGAACAGGAAGACGCUUAUGGAUGUAUCGCUCCGCCUGGUGGACGACAUACAAUGUCUUGAAGACAUUCGAGAUUCGUGUGGUAUAGGUGACUCGAUACCGGAGUUAGACGAGGAGAUAGCUGCUUAUCAGAACGAUCUAAACGAGCUCUUAGACGAUUGUCGGAAGCUAUUUGAAGAGAAACCGGGAUUCCGCAGAAAGGUAAAACACUUCUACAAGACAAGGAUAAACGUUGGAGAUAUAGAAGAAAAACUCAUCGAAUUUGAGAAGAGGGCAGACCUCGCGCAGAGGCGAUUCGAGAACAAGAACCAAAUCAACAUAAGAGUAGAGCUUAGACAUAUUCAUGCACGACUCAUGAGCCCUGCAGCUGAACUCGAAAGGUCACUAGGCAAUCAAAUGGUUGGCCAACGAAAUUGGCGCGGGCUGGAUCAGGAAGAAGAAGUUCAGAUUCAAAUACAGGAGGAUGAGGAUGCUGAUUGUACUGAUUCACAAGAGGAGCCCGAGGACGAGUCUAGCAAGGGCUUCAAGCGACUUGGUGGUGAAUCUAGAUAUCGCGAGGGAGGGCAGAAAUGGAAGCAGGACAAAUCCUCGGAGGACGGGCUGGACGAAGGAGGCUUAGGAGACAUGGAGCUUCUUACACCAGAUUUUCCCAAGAGCUCCCUCGACGAUGGAGCCCUUAGCGUAGGUUCGGAGGAAGGUUCGGUUGACAUACGCAGCCAUACAACAGACGUCUCCAACUUCUCUCCUAGAGAAAAGCUACAGAAUGAACCCUGGGAGAAUGAUUCUGACGAAGAGAGUUCAAAUGACAUGCAGUCUCCCACACCAGAGGUCUCCAAGGCUGCUUCCGAUGACGAGUCUGAAGGCCAAGAAGAGCAUAUAGAGCCCCAAGAGUGUAUAGAGGAAUCCCAGAAGCGCGAGCAUUCAAAAGCAAAGGUACAGCUAAAGAGAACGACUAUGACUAAGGACGAAGCAGUACAAGAGACCCUGAAGUUGCUCAACGAUAUACGUGACCCAGACUCGCGUACCCCAGUAACAACGUGGAUCUCAAAGGCCAACAAAUUGGCAAUCACGCUCGAACAGAAAUUGGACAUGCUUUCCGAGGCACUACAGCUCUCCGAAAUGUGCGCCUCACUGACUCGUCAGCUUACAGAUGAAUACCCCUCGGCCUUUAGACCGUUAUUAGCAUCGAAUUUACGCAGUUUGGCAAAACGACUAUGGAAGAACAGACAGCCAGACCAAGCCUUAGAGCAUUCCGAAGAAGCUGUUUCACUCUAUAGGCAACUCGUGAUUGAAGAUCCGGAGGCAUAUGAGCCGGAACUUGCAUCGGCGCUGAUGACAUAUGCACUCGAUUUAUCCGGAGUUCGUCGAAACGAUGAAGCUCUUGAACCAAUGGAAGAGACUGUUAAAAUUCGGAGAGUGCUGGUCGAGCGUAACCCCACGAAAUACACAUUCGAUCUCGCAGAGUCACUUAAGAAUUAUUCCAUUCUGCUGUUGAAACUUCGUAGGGGUCAAGAUGCCUUGAACGUACGUCGGGAGGUCGUUGAACUCCAGGAGGAGCUUGCGAAACAGGACCCAAAGAAGUACAAGCCCUACCUUGCGAUGGCGCUCAAAAUCCUCUGCUCGAGGUUAUCAGGAGCUCACGAGUACCAGCAGGCACUUAAAGUGCAAGUUCGCCACGCUCGAGUAAGACGCGAAAUCUCGGAAAAAGACCUGGAGAAGCAUGCAGAGUAUAUAAUAAGGAAGCUAUUAAUGUAUUCUUCCAAGCUUGCGGAUCGAAAGCUCCGCGAAGAUGCGCUACAGGCCGCCGAGGAGGCUGUUGAUCUCGCUGAGUGGCUCGCAAAAGAUGAUGCCCAUAAUCAUAGGCUUGGGGAACAUGACAACGAUUCGGAUAAUAGCAAUGACGAGCUCGACGAUGACGGGGGUGAUGGUGAUGGGGACGACAAGGAGAGCGAAGGCAGUAGUGACAGCGAACUGAAUCCGCAUGCCGCCCUUCUAGCAGAAGCAUUUACUGCGUUGAGCGACAGAUUGUACGUGAUGAAACGUGACGAGCAAGCUCUGAAGGCAAUUUUGCGAGCUGCAGACCUUUGGGACACGCUCAGAAAGCAUGACUCUGGAUCAGGCAAAUGCAAGUUCAACUUCGUGAGGUCUCUCGACAAGCUGUCACAGAGGCAAUCGGUGCUUGGCUUGCACGAAAAGGCCCUCAAAACCGCGAAUCGUGCUGUAGAGCAAUGGGAAGCUCUCGCGCAAUCGAACGACAGACAUUUACCUCAUUUGGGACGAGCGUACGAAAUGCUCUCAUUGCGGCUCUCCAAGCUCGGCCAACAAAAAGAUGCUCUUAAUGCUAUCGAAAGUUCUAUCGAGAUAUUUAAGGAACUUGUGGAACAGAAACCCCGUUGGCAUGAACCUGGCCUAGCACAGUCGUUAGUCACUCAAUCUAUCGCAUUUGCAAAGGCCGGACGUCGGAAGGAGGCACUAGUAUCAGCAGAGGAGGCUGUAACUAUUUACAGACGGUUAGCGAAGGACAAUCCAAAGGUUUACAAACAAAAGCUCGCGUCUUCCUUGCACGAAUACGCUGUACGACUUUCGUUGAUAGGCCGGAAAGAACGGGCACACGAGGUCGUUACCGAGGCCAUAGAUAUUUAUAAGCAACUCGCGAAGGAUAGCCCGGACAAAUACGGAAAGAUUAUUUCAAAGUCCACGGACCUCCGUAUCAAACUAAAGGCAGACCUAGUCAAGUCAAGUUUAGAUUGA